AUGCUCGGUCAGACAAUGGCAGCUCGGGCAGGGCCGGCCAGUCGGCUGGCGGCGGCAAAGCGGACGACGACACAGUACGCCGCUCCGCGCCGAUGGGCAUCGUCAACCUCGGGGGCGGGCGAGCUGAAGAAGACGCCGCUGUACGACCUGCACGUGGCCAACGGGGGCAAGAUGGUGCCGUUCGCGGGCUACUCGAUGCCGGUGCAGUACUCGUCGGCGUCGCUGGCGCAGUCGCACAAUUUCACGCGGACGCAGGCGUCGCUCUUCGACGUGAGCCACAUGGUGCAGCACCGGUUCAAGGGGUCGGCGGCGGCGGCCUUCCUGGAGCGGGUCACGCCGUCGUCGUGGUCGACGCAGCCGGGCAUGCAGGGCAAGCUGACGACGCUGCUGUGGCCGGGGACGGGCGGGAUCGUGGACGAUACGGUGAUCGCGCGGACGGGCGAGGAUGAGUUCUACGUCGUGACCAACGGAGCGUGCCUGGACAAGGACACGGCGUACUUUGACGAGGAGCUGGGCCGGUUCGGCGGGGACGUGGCGUGGACGCGCAUCGACGGGUCCGGGCUGGUGGCGCUGCAGGGUCCGGGGAGCGCCGACAUCCUGCGCUCCGUGCUUGCCGACGAGACGGCCGUGGACCUGUCGACCGUGUACUUUGGCGGGUCGUUCUGGGCGAAGCUCAAGCUGGCCGACGGCAGCGUCAGCCACCCGGUCCUCGUCAGCCGCGGCGGGUACACGGGCGAGGACGGCUUCGAGCUCUCCUUCCAGGGCGACCGGUUCCCGGCGCUCGAGUCCACCCCGGCCGCCGUGCGCGCCCUGCUCGACGCCGCCGGCCCGGACCGCCUGCAGCUGUCCGGCCUGGGCGCGCGCGACUCCCUCCGUCUCGAGGCGGGCAUGUGCCUGUACGGCCACGACCUGGACGACACCACCACGCCAGCCGAGGCCGGGCUGGGCUGGGUCAUCCCCAAGGAGCGCAGGAGCGUCGACGCCGGCUUCCACGGAGCCGAGGUCGUCGUCCCCCAGCUCACCCCGCGGUCCAAGGGGGGAGCCGGCGUCGACAGGAGGCGCGUCGGCCUCACCAUCAAGGGAGCCCCCGCGCGCGAGGGCGCAGAGAUCCACGUCGACGGCGAGAAGGUCGGCGUCGUCACCAGCGGAUCCCCCAGCCCUACGCUCGGCGUCAACAUCGCCAUGGGCUACGUCAAGGAUGGUCUGCACAAGGCUGGUACCGAGGUCGACGUCGUCGUCAGGGGGAAGAAGAGGGAUGGUGUCGUCGCCAAGAUGCCCUUUGUUCCCGCGAAAUUUGUGCGGAAGCCUUAA